UAUACUGUCUUCUCUCAACUCAGUACGAAACCACGCCGUAAAAUUAAUGGCGAAGACUAAUACUUUUGCAGCUCUACCACUCACCAACUUCAAAUCACCGUCGCUGUUCCGUGUCAAGAACUCUUCUUUUAUCAGUUUCACCGAUACCCAUUUCCUCCGACAAUCGAAUUUGACGAGCAUAGUAAGAUCUUCAACUCCAAGAGGAAUUGGGUUCGUUUCAUGUUCUUCGGUCACGGACGAAGCUUCUUCUGAAGAGCUACAAGUUCAAACCUUGUAAAAUCACCUUCCCUCUCUAUUGUCUUUGCUCCAUAAACCUGUAUCUGACUAUAAUUGGACUGAUCUUUCUGGGUUUCUGAUUAAAAUUCCCAUUGAUGAGGAAAUGUGGUUUUUGUUGGUGUUUUCUCGGACAUGGAAGUGGAAAGGUUACUCGAUAAGAUAUCAGUGUGCUGGAACCAGUGGCCCUGCCUUGGUCUUGGUUCAUGGUUUCGGUGCUAACAGUGAUCAUUGGAGGAAGAACACACCUAUUCUUGGGAAAACACAUAGGGUGUACUCUAUCGAUCUUAUUGGAUAUGGAUACUCCGAUAAACCGAAUCCUCGUGAGUUUGGUGGAGAACCAUUCUACACUUUUGAGACAUGGGGUGAGCAACUCAAUGAUUUCUGUCUUGAUGUGGUCAAAGAUGAAGCCUUCUUUAUAUGCAACUCUAUCGGAGGACUUGUUGGUCUUCAGGCAGCAGUAAGUAAGCCAGAGAUAUGCAGAGGGCUUAUGCUUAUUAACAUAUCACUCCGCAUGCUUCAUAUCAAGAAACAACCAAUGAUUGGAAGACCUUUCAUCAAAUCGUUCCAGAAUUUACUUAGGAAUACUCCGGUUGGAAAAUUAUUUUUCAAGAGCAUUGCUAAACCAGAGACAGUUAAAAGCAUUCUUUGCCAGUGUUACCAUGAUAGCUCGCAAGUGACAGAUGAACUAGUUGAGGCAAUACUACGUCCAGGACUUGAGCCUGGUGCAGUUGAUGUCUUCCUUGAAUUCAUCUGUUAUUCCGGUGGACCGCUUCCAGAGGAUUUACUCCCACUGGUCAAGUGCCCGGUUCUAAUUGCAUGGGGAGAGAAAGAUCCAUGGGAGCCAAUUGAACUUGGACGAGCAUAUAGCAAUUUUGACGCAGUUGAAGAUUUCGUUGUUCUUCCUGAAGCCGGCCACUGUCCUCAGGACGAGAAACCGGAGAUGGUGAACCCACUUAUUGAAUCAUUCGUUGCGAGACAUUAAAAGUACAAUACAUCCAUCGGUCCAGACAUUUGAUCUUUCUACAUUUUUGUAUAUCUGUAGUUCUGUACAGAAACACAUCUUGUGAACCCACACGAAUUGAACACUCACAGAGUUGUGCAUGAACUGUCAAAGGUCUUCCUACAAGUGCACAACUGUGAUUGUAUUAUGCAUGGAGAUAUUGAUGGGAGUAACAAGCUCCGCAAGAGAAACAUAAUAACAAUCAUUUUCAUUUGUUAUAUACAAAAGAAUUUAUA